AACCUUUAGGGCCUGGGCUAUCUUAUGAAAAUUGAUGAUUCAUAAUUCCUCAGCAAAUAAAUAAAUAAUUGCCAUUUGUAUGUAGGGAUCUCCCCAAAUGAAACAACUGCUGCCAUCAUUUUUAUUUUAUGUUAGAUACCGUGAAGUAAAUUCUACUCUUUUGCCAGCCGUAAAAUUUAGGAGCAAGGAUAAAGUUUUUCAGUGAUAGUAUUUUUAGAUUUCAGAGAGAUAAUAUUUUAGAGUUAUAUCGCCAAGAUGCAGGAAAAAAGUCAAAGAGAAAAUAAAUGAGUAAUAAGGUCAAAAGCAAAAUGAUAUUUAUCAUUCUGUUUCAUCUGUUGGAGCUACCGUACAUUCUUCUGAUGAUAAAGUAAAUAAAAGUAAAGCAGAAUGACUAGCUUGAAUUCAUAGACUAACUUGAAUUGAAGUAGCAGAGAAAUUCUAGUAUUUUUUUAUUUGAUGAUAUUACAGGAUUUUUUUUCUUGAAGCCAACUUAGAAGGAAGCUGAAAUAUUAUGAAAGUGGAUCAGAAAUAUAAGUAGAUUUUACUUUAUUCUGCCAAAUCCCAUUCUAUAUUACCGUCUCUCUUCUUGAUCCAGGUUGGUGUACUAGCAUUUACUUUCUUAUCCUCUGUAGCAGAUUAAUUGUGGCUGCAAAUUCUUUGCCACUUUCUCCCUCAAAAUGUAUUUCCUCUGUCCUUGAGUCUGGGCUGGCAUGGUGACUUCUUAACCAGUAGGAUGCAGGGGAAAUAGUUUGUUCUGCUUUCAGGCACAGACCUUUAAGAGUACUGGCAGCUUGUGUUUUCUUCCUCUUGGGGUGCUUUCUCUCACAACCUGGACACCAUACUGUGGGAAGCUCAAGCCACAAGGAGAGGCCACAGGUUGCUGCACCAUUUCACAGUGCCGGCUGGCAUCUAGCAGCAGCUGCCAGUCAUCAUGUAUGGGAGCCAUUUUGAAUGUUUUCACCUAGUUGCACCUCACCUGCAGCACCAGCUGACGUCAAAUGGAGCAGAGAAACCGCUCAGCUGAACCCAGUAAACCUACAGAAUAAAAUGGCGGUUGCUGUAAGCUGUUUCCGGGCGGUUUGUUUCACAGCAAUACAUAACUGAAAUCGCUUCCCAAAGGAAGUCCUGGAAUGAGACCAUGGAAGAGCUCAUUUGAUUUAAAUGAUAAAUAGAUAGUAUUUAAAUGGUCCAUGCUUAAUUCUUAUAAUUUCUAAAAAUUAUUAGGCAAAAUUUUAGAAGUCUUAUUUUGAAAACUAGAUCCUUUUAAGUUUGUUUACAAAUUAUAUUAAGGUAAUAAUUCCUAUUUCAUAGUUACCUAUUCUGGUUUUCAUAGUCUCUUCUUGAAGAGAUAUGUAAUCAAUAAUAUAAUCAAACGCACCCUUUUGAUAAAAAAACAAAAUCAGUAUUUCUCAGCAGAAAUAGAAUGAAUCAGAACGUAUUCAAAUCUUGGCCACAUAGCUAUAUGUCCAUGGCAAAAUUACCUAAGCUACCUGGGCCAAUGAAAUAUUUUUUUAAAAAUUUUAAGAUUAGUAUGGACUGUAUGGGAUUAGUGAAGAUCAGAAACAAUGUGUAUUAUGAACCUAGCAGAGUGCUUGUUGCCUGGGUGGAACUCAAUAAAGGUAGCUUUUGUUAUUGUGAGGGAGAUGGUGUAAAAGGUUUAAAAAGGUAGUAAAAAAUUGUCUAGUUUAUUUUUCUAAGAGGACAUGGAAAUGGGGUAUUCCUGCGCUUUACUGGGGUGGAGCUUAAAGGGUUAAAAUGCUAUAUCCUUGCAGUUUUUCCUACAAACGUACAUGUUUUAUCCAAAGGAAAUUCUGACCUCUAACCCCAGUCACACUUUCCUUUCUCACUCUUUUAUUGCUAUAGAGGAUUUGAUGAAGGGAGAAAGGCAACUUCUGGGUCCUAGUCCCAAGGGUAGAACUAAUGGAGAAUUCCUUUUAUUCUUCACCUCCCAUCCUUCUCCAUUUCCCCAUUUACAUUCAUUUUCCAAUUUGGUGGAAAAAAACAAUUUUAUAGGAAGCUGGCUGUCUGCAGACUAAUCUUAGCACCAAGGUGCCACAGGGUUUAUGGAAUGCCUUUCUGGGGGCAAAACAGACACAUCCCAAAGUCUGGUUUAUGUAGUCCAAGGGAAAGAGUACUUGUGGCAGUCCACAGGAUUCUCUCUCUGAUGUGUUGUCCUAGUCUUUGUAUAAAAUGUUGGUUUUCUCUAUAAGUGUUGGGUAUUUUCAGUGUAACAGCUAGAGCAAUGCCCAGUAACUUUUUUUUUUUUCCUUCCCUGCUGAAUAUGUUUGUUCUUAAUGGUUGAGGUAAGGUGAAUAAUUGCUAUUGGUGUAAGUUAAAGACCACUUUUCUAAACUAUGGGUUAUCAUGCUUGGUAUUUUCUCCUAUCUGCCUGACUUGGGGCCACCUGAACCCCAUUUUGGUCUUUGAAAUUUAACUGACCUUGGCCUUGGAUGAAAUGCUAGUGUACUGAGUAUAAUAUUUUUGGUUUAGGUCAAAAUUGAGGAAUUCAGUGCCAUAUAUUUCAAUUGGGUACUUUUUGAAGAAAUUAUAAAUUACCGUAGUUUAGCAUAAACACCUGCUGAUAUUGUUUCUGAAUAUUUACAUGAAUAUUGAUCAUUGAGAUCUUACUGUCUUUCAGUGUGAAUGCUUUAAGUGCUUCAGUAGACAUUUUCUACACUGUGAAAUUGUAUGUCCAUUGCUAGAAUCUUUGUAAGAGAGCUCUCACCGCUUUAAAGUCAAAUAAACCUAGAAAAUAAGCAUAGGAAUUAUUUUUAAACACCAUUUACUGGUAUAUAAAUGCAGAUUAUAGAGAGAUGAACUUAAGGAUAACUCAUGUUGCCCAUAAAGUUGUCAUAGUCAUGGUUACAAUUAUGCAAAUUGGCACAGGCUUUUGUUGUUGUUAUAGUACUGCAAACACAGUUUAAGAUGUUAAGACCCUUUAAAUCAUUUAUAAUUAUGGACUAAUUUCAUCUUGAAGGAAGAAGUGAUAAUAUUCUUAUCUCCUGUCAUUUGAAGCUGAAACGUACCUCAAAGCAGUGGAGAUUGUGCCCUACAAAAUACAACAUGCUUAAAGCAGAUUUUCUCAGGAGUUGAGUUCUAAAUUUCACUGCUUCAGGGACUCAUAUGAUGGCUAUGUAGUAUAGAUUUAGAGAGAGUUUUAAAGACUCCUGUUGACAUAGGUAAACAGAAUGGUUCCUUGGAAACCGUUUAGAUGUCCAGUCACAGUAAGUGUGCAUUACAGGUUCAGAUGCAUAUUGUGUGAAGUGACAUGGAGCAGAGUGCUUGGAGAAGCCUGUGGUCUGUAUUAUGAACAGUGCUUUCUUCUAGUGUUUUAAUGACUGUUGUUUUAAAAGAAAAAAAAAUCAGCAUUGAAACUAUCUGGAAGGUAAAGCUCCUGAAACCUAACCCAAAAGGCAUGCUCUCAUCGAAAACUCUUCUUAGUACUUGCAGUGCGGUGAUAGCUGAGGACAUGUGGUAUAUAUUACAGUGCCAGGGAAUUCAGACCUCUGCAGUGUGGAGUCACCAUGAAAGGCUAAUCUAAAAAUGAAGUGGUAGCUUUGCUCGCAUCAUAACUCUGUUACUUACUGGUGCUUCCUAUUAGCUUGACAUUAGUCUAGUCUUCUUUGGCUGAGAUAGAAGAAAUGGAAAUUCAAAGGGGACCACAGCAGGGGAUAUAUGGGCUGCCAACCCCUCCCCUAGCACUCCCUCCAGCCUGUACUCAGCAUUUCUCUCUGGGCAUGACAAAGUCUUACAGAGUCAUUGCAAAAAGGGCUAAAGGCAGAGCUGUCCAUGGUUAGGAAAAAAACGUUCAAACUGUUGGUCGAAAAUCAGGUAAUAACAGUCCUCUUAGUGAACAAAACUUAUUAGAGGGCUAGGGAAGGAAUGCUAUCUCUCAGCAGCAGGCAGGAAGAAAUUGCUGUUGAAAAGCUUACCUCUCUAGGGAGGAAUCAGAUAGCAGACUUCGCCAAGCCUCAGGUCCAACCCAUAAGGUCCCACCUACACCCCCCCGCCCCCCUCCCCAUCCCAGCUUUGUUAGAUUGCUAGCAUCGAUCGCUGGCUUUUUCUGACCCAACAGUGGGUGAAGGAAAGAGACUGAAAGCCGGCAAGGUGGGGGUAGAAGAAGACUGGGACAGCUUUUGUAGAGAAAGAAAGAAAAAGGAGGAAAACGGGUGGGGGCCAUGGGGACUAGGCUUAACUGAUGCCUGCAUGCCUCUUUUUGAUUUGAUGGCCUUUAUUCCUUCUAAUUGGAUAAAAUAGGAAGUCACUGGCAGUCCUGUGUGGCUGGGGAUACUGAUUUUACUCAGACCAGCCUGCAGCUCUAGAGUGUGGAUAGAGAGUGGGGAGUGGGGGUUGGGAGAGUGGGAGGAAAGAGAGAGAGGAGAGAGAGAGGACGGGCUUGGAUGAAGAAGGGAAAGAAAGAGAGAGACUGAAGCAGAGAAGAGCCGCAGAGGAAGAAAGUGAAUGAGCACUCAAGAAGGACAAAGAGGAGUAGUCGGGGGUGGGGUGGAGGCAGGGCGGGGAAGGGAGUGACCGCCCCUCCUGGCUGCACUCUUGCCUCCGGAGCCCUCUGAUCCUGUUUGCAGUGAUGCUCCGAGGGCAGGCACCUGCUGCUCUGUAAUGAUUCAGCCCCUUUCAGCCGUCGUCGCGUUAACACAACAGGAUGCUGUUGCUAUUGUCACUACUGCCUCUCCUGCCGCCGCCGCUGCUGCCGCCGCCGCCACCGCCGCUGGUCCUCCUUCUGCUUUUACUUCUCCUGCAUGACAGUUGUUUUCUUCAUCUGAGCAGACACCAGCUUCAGAUGCUCGAGGUGAGAAACAUGCCUUUCAGUUUGGGCUACUGGUUUACUUAAUUAACCAGCCAGCAGCUCCGUCGAUCUAUUUUGGUCCCUGUCCUCUUGACGAGCCCGGGAUGGUUUGGAGUAACGUUUAAAAGAACUAGAAAAGUGGCCCAGAAACAGCAGUUUAAAGAAUUAUAACGAUAUACUCUGAUUUUGUAGUUGCUAGGAGCUUUUCUUUCCCCCUUGCAUCUUCCUGAACUCUUCUUGAUUUUGAUAAUGGCCUUGGACUUGGACGAUUUAUCGAUUUCCCCCUGUAAGAUGCUGUAUCAUUUGGUUGGGGGGGCCUCUGCGUGGUAAUGGACCAUGAGAGCGGCCAGGCCUUCUUCUGGAGGUGAGCCGAUGGAGAUUUAUUCCCCAGACAUGUCUGAGGUCGCCGCCGAGAGGUCCUCUAGCCCCUCCACUCAGCUGAGUGCAGACCCAUCUCUUGAUGGGCUUCCGGCAGCAGAAGACAUGCCAGAGCCCCAGACUGAAGAUGGGAGAACCCCUGGACUCGUGGGCCUGGCCGUACCCUGCUGUGUGUGCCUAGAAGCUGAGCGCCUGAGAGGUUGCCUCAACUCAGAGAAAAUCUGCAUUGUCCCCAUCCUGGCUUGUCUGGUCAGCCUCUGCCUCUGCAUUGCCGGCCUCAAGUGGGUAUUCGUGGACAAGAUCUUUGAGUAUGACUCUCCUACUCACCUUGACCCUGGGGGAUUAGGCCAGGACCCUAUUAUUUCUCUGGACCCAACUGCUGCCUCAGCUGUGUGGGUGUCGUCUGAGGCAUAUACUUCACCUGUCUCUAGGGCUCAAUCUGAAAGCAAGGUUCAAGUUACAGUGCAAGGUGACAAGGCUGUUGUCUCCUUUGAACCAUCAGCGGCACCGACACCGAAGAAUCGUAUUUUUGCCUUUUCUUUCUUGCCGUCCACUGCACCAUCCUUCCCUUCACCCACCCGGAACCCUGAGGUGAGAACGCCCAAGUCAGCAACUCAGCCACAAACAACAGAAACUAAUCUCCAAACUGCUCCUAAACUUUCUACAUCUACAUCCACCACUGGGACAAGCCAUCUUGUAAAAUGUGCAGAGAAGGAGAAAACUUUCUGUGUGAAUGGAGGCGAGUGCUUCAUGGUGAAAGACCUUUCAAACCCCUCGAGAUACUUGUGCAAGUGCCAACCUGGAUUCACUGGAGCAAGAUGUACUGAGAAUGUGCCCAUGAAAGUCCAAAACCAAGAAAAGGCGGAGGAGCUAUACCAGAAGAGAGUGCUGACCAUAACUGGCAUCUGCAUCGCCCUCCUUGUGGUUGGCAUCAUGUGUGUGGUGGCCUACUGCAAAACCAAGAAACAGCGGAAAAAGCUUCAUGACCGUCUUCGGCAGAGCCUUCGGUCUGAACGAAACAAUAUGAUGAACAUUGCCAAUGGGCCUCACCAUCCUAACCCACCCCCCGAGAAUGUCCAGCUGGUGAAUCAAUAUGUAUCUAAAAACGUCAUCUCCAGUGAGCAUAUUGUUGAGAGAGAAGCAGAGACAUCCUUUUCCACCAGUCACUAUACUUCCACAGCCCAUCACUCCACUACUGUCACCCAGACUCCUAGCCACAGCUGGAGCAACGGACAUACUGAAAGCAUCCUUUCCGAAAGCCACUCUGUAAUCAUGAUGUCAUCUGUAGAAAACAGUAGGCACAGCAGCCCAACUGGGGGCCCAAGAGGACGUCUUAAUGGCACAGGAGGCCCUCGUGAAUGUAACAGCUUCCUCAGGCAUGCCAGAGAAACCCCUGAUUCCUACCGAGACUCUCCUCAUAGUGAAAGACAUAACCUUAUAGCUGAGCUAAGGAGAAACAAGGCACACAGAUCCAAAUGCAUGCAGAUCCAGCUAUCAGCAACUCAUCUUAGAUCUUCUUCCAUUCCCCAUUUGGGCUUCAUUCUCUAAGACCCCUUGGCCUUUAGGAAGGUAUGUGUCAGCCAUGACCACCCCGGCUCGUAUGUCACCUGUAGAUUUCCACACGCCAAGCUCCCCCAAAUCACCCCCUUCGGAAAUGUCUCCACCCGUGUCCAGCAUGACGGUGUCCAUGCCUUCCAUGGCGGUCAGCCCCUUCGUGGAAGAAGAGAGACCUCUACUUCUCGUGACACCACCAAGGCUGCGGGAGAAGAAGUUUGACCAUCACCCUCAGCAGUUCAGCUCCUUCCAUCACAACCCCGCGCAUGACAGUAACAGCCUCCCCCCUAGCCCCUUGAGGAUAGUGGAGGAUGAGGAGUAUGAAACGACCCAGGAGUACGAGCCAGCCCAAGAGCCUGUUAAGAAACUCGCCAAUAGCCGGCGGGCCAAAAGAACCAAGCCCAAUGGCCACAUUGCUAACAGAUUGGAAGUGGACGGCAACACAAGCUCCCAGAGCAGUAACUCAGAGAGCGAAACAGAAGAUGAAAGAGUAGGUGAAGAUACACCUUUCCUGGGCAUACAGAACCCCCUGGCAGCCAGUCUUGAGGCAACACCUGCCUUCCGCCUGGCUGACAGCAGGACUAACCCAGCAGGCCGCUUCUCGACACAGGAAGAAAUCCAGGCCAGGCUGUCUAGUGUAAUUGCUAACCAAGACCCUAUUGCUGUAUAAAACCUAAAUAAACACAUAGAUUCACCUGUAAAACUUUAUUUUAUAUAAUAAAGUAUUCCACCUUAAAUUAAACAAUUUAUUUUAUUUUAGCAGUUCUGCAAAUAGAAAACAGGAAAAAAAACUUUUAUAAAUUAAAUAUAUGUAUGUAAAAAAUGUGUUAUGUGCCAUAUGUAGCAAUUUUUUACAGUAUUUCAAAACGAGAAAGAUAUCAAUGGUGCCUUUAUGUUAUGUUAUGUCGAGAGCAAGUUUUGUACAGUUACAGUGAUUGCUUUUCCACAGUAUUUCAGCAAAACCUCUCAUAGAUUCAGUUUUUGCUGGCUUCUUGUGCAUUGCAUUAUGAUGUUGACUGGAUGUAUGAUUUGCAAGACUUGCAACUGUCCCUCUGUUUGCUUGUAGUAGCACCCGAUCAGUAUGUCUUGUAAUGGCACAUCCAUCCAGAUACGCCUCACUUGUGUAUGAAGUUUUCUUUGCUUUCAGAAUAUGAAAUGAGUUGUGUCUACUCUGCCAGCCAAAGGUUUGCCUCAUUGGGCUCUGAGAUAAUAGUAGAUCCAACAGCAUGCUACUAUUAAAUACAGCAAGAAACCGCAUUAAGUAAUGUUAAAUAUUAGGAAGAAAGUAAUACUGUGAUUUUAAAAAAAACUAUAUUAUUAAUCAGAAGACAGCUUGCUCUUACUAAAAGGAGCUCUCAUUUACUUUAUUUGAAUUUUUUUUUUUCUCUUGAUAAAAAGCAACAGUUUUAGGGAUAGCUUAGAAAAUGGGUUCUGGCUUGCUAUCAGGGUUAAUCUAACACCUUAUGAGAGGACUCAAUGUCACUUUCUCUCUGGGGGAAUGAUCCAGCAGCUUAUCUAGUUGACGAUCAAACCAUGGCUGAUAAAGGUGCAAUCAUUUCUGACUUGUAGUUUUCACUGAUUUUGAAGCUAGUGAUUGGUUGUGUCUUCUCGGCUCAAAAAGAGGCAUAUUAUGGCACAAAAAGCCCAGCCCAGACAGCACAUGCAGCAUUUUGUCUGAAAUACUUCCGGAGUCAAACAUGCCUGCUGUAAUAGCGGUGACUUGUCAUCAUAGGGAAGUAUUUCCAUUGUAAAGGGUUCAGAAGGAGUGACUGUAUAGGUGGAAAGAAGCUUGGUGACUCGGUUGAAAUUUUAAAAUGUGGGUGACCACUCCUUUCUCCCCCUCUUUGUCUUGUAUUUUUCCAUGUUGCCUUGAUCAGGUCAUAACUGUGCCUGAACAUUUUUAUCAGGAAUGGCCGAUGUGUAUGUGAUUUGGGAUCACAAGUAAUGAUUCAUCAGGAAAUGUCGGUCCUGUUGGAAAGAUUGCACCUUUACUUGCGGAAGUGACCCCCACCUGUGUCCUGACCUCUCCAUUGACAGGCUCUCUCACCCAUUUCCCCCACCUCCUUUAAUUUUUGCUUUACUGUCAUAAAGUAGGACUAAGAUUGGCCCAAGCAUUGCAUGUUCUCUUGUGAUGAUAAAUCCAAAGGAAGGCCUAUAAAUAUUAACAUUUGAAAUAACUGCUAAUAAAGGAAAAUGGAAGAAAAAAAAUUAUUUGAAACACAGAACCCAUUUCAUGGCCUGUAUGAUACCUGUUAAAUCAGGGCUGGAGCUUUACUUAGGUUUCACGUGGCCUCUUAGGAGCCAUGGGACAAAUGAGAAACAGGUUAUCGGGGAGUUCAUGGAGUCAGUGAGAGUAAUUGCUUCUUUUUUGCGGGUGAACUGAAUAUAUUUCUUCACCAAAUCUUGAUGUUAACAAUUAAGAAGAAGAAAUGACAUGGAAGUAGAUCUCAGCAGAAAAAUGCAGGCUGGGCAUGAGUCAUAUUACGCUCCCACAUGCUCCUACAAUCCACACAGAUGCCUGUCUGCGGAUUCUUGAAGUUACUGUUACUAUUUAGUAUCUCAAAUUUUCCCUCACUGUUCACAUGCCACUUUCUCUGUGCUCAGUGGUAUCCUCAUUUGCUUUUUAACCUACACUGAGGAGCCUUUGCAAGUUGCACUGAUUUUCCAAUUCUGCAGAAAUGAGUAAGCUCACGGCAUGGGGAAGAAGACAGUCAGUCCAAUGAAGUUCUCUAAAUUAUUUUAACAUUGCCUUUGAAGGCCUUGACUCAUCCUUAGCUAUUUCAAUAAAGAAAUUCCUACCAUGAAUUUAAAACCCUAAAAAUUCUGUUUAAAAUUAUUUGGGCAUUGGGGAACUCAGAUGUCCCAUUGUGGUAGAAUUUUAAAAAUAAAUAGAAGUUUCUAUUGAGAACCAUGGGCAACAUGUUUCUUACAAUGAGAAUUGCUAUGCAUUUUCAAAUUGCAAAUAUAUACGAAAAUUGAAGACAAGAGGAAAUUGUAUUUCCAACUUGACUCUAAUCACUCACAGAGGUGGCUUAUUAUUAUAGUUGGGAUGUCCUUUGCACCCUUGAUAAGAAAAGCCAAUUGACUGCUCAGCACCACCUGCCAUGGCCACUUGAUUUGUGUUCACAAGGGUAUCUCUGUGAUGCUUGUCACAUCACUCUUGACCACCUCUGUUAAUAAAUUCAGGCAGUGAAGUGGCGAUCGGAGUGUGACCCUAUAUUCCCAGCAUAUGGAAAGCUAUCUUGGGUUUUAAGGUGGUAGAGAUUGCCCAGGAGUUUGACAGCAACUUUGUUUCCUGGGUCGAAAAUCGUAUCCCACUGAGGUGUAUGCAGUGGAGCAUAAUACAUGCAAAUAUAUGCAAAACUCCUUUUGUUUUACCUAAGAUUCACUUUCUGUCUUACUUUCCCUUCCUGCUUAGUAUGACUUUUGCCCCCAGGAGUGCCUGGACAGCAUUCUAGUUUCUACAAAAUGGUCCUCUGUGUGGGUGAACGUGUCCCAAACCUGCUCUCUCUUCCUUGUUUCAGUGUGACUGUCUUGAUAGAGGUGGAGUUUAUCCAGGGUAACUUGCUCAGUAACUAUUCCUUUUUAUGGCCUGGGGUUAAAGGGCGCAUGGCUCACAUUGGUGAAAAUAAGGAAGGCCUGGUCUUAUCUUGUAUUAAUAGUACUGGCUGCAUUCCACCAGCCAAAGAUUUCUAUCUGCAAAGACCUAUGAAACACUGAAGAGAAGUGUAGGCAGAAGGAAAUGGCCACAUAUCACAAGUUCUAUUAUAUAUUCUUUUGUAAAUACAUAUUGUAUAUUACUUGGAUGUUUUCUUAUAUCAUUUACUGUUUUUAUGAGUUAAUGUCAGUUUUUACUCUCUCAACUUACUGUGUAACAUUGUAAAUAACAUAAUGUCCUUUAUUAUUUAUAUUUAAGCAUCUAACAUAUAGAGUUGUUUCCAUAUAAGUUUAAGAUAAAUGUCAAAAAUAUAUGUUCUUUUGUUUUUCUUUGCUUUAAAAUUAUGUAUCUUUUCCUUUUCUUUUUUUUAAGAAUAAUUUAUUGUUCAGGAGAAAGAAUGUAUAUGUAACUGAAACUAUCUGAAGAAUGCACAUUGAAGGCCGUGAGGUACUGAUAAACUAAAGAAUUUAUUAUUCAAAAUACUAAGCAAUAAGUAAUUGUGAUUUAUUUAAAGUUUUGUCCAUUUUCCAUGAAAGACAUACUGCAAUAAAAAUGCUACUCUGUGGAGA